AUGACCCCUUAUGGUAACAUAAGUAUAUGUAAAAUGCCGGUACGUUUAGUGUUAAACUUUUUAAUCUUCCGAUCAUACCUUUAUAUCUAUUAUUGCACGCAUUAUUAAUUCAUAGAAUUUAUAGAAUUCUCCUGUUUGAAAACGCCUGCGUUUCAAUCACGAUGUGUAUCUCGAUAUUUUCAGGAAAGGGUGCAAGCAAAGGACCCACCGUCGCACUAUUUAGCAAAGUUACGCACCUACUUGGAUCCGAAAGCUUCGCGAAGCCAUCGAAUGGGUAAGGGAGUUCCUAGACGAGGAGAACCAAGGCUUGGACGCCCUUAUAGACUACCUCAGCUUCAGGUUGCUCAUGAUGAGGCACGAGCAACGCCUCGUGGAGUCCCACGCGAGCUCCGAGGAGAAAUUGCAAACCGUUGGUUCCGGGGACACGUCGCCUCUGAAUAACGGUUGCCUGAGGCCGCCUCUACACGAGCUGAAAGAUAGUCCCGGCGUUAAAAGGAGAUCCCGGCACGUGGCGCGUCUCAACAUGGGCGAGGCGAAAGAUGACAUUCACGUUUGCAUACUGUGCAUGCGUGCCAUCAUGAAUAACAAGAACAAAAGCUCUAGUGUUGGAACUUCUUGCUGCCAUUUGUCUGGUAAAAGGUGGCCACGAGAUUAUUUUGUCGGCAUUCGACAACUUCAAAGAAGUUUGUUUGGAACGACGACGAUUCACCACGCUUAUGGCAUACUUCACCCAAUACGAUAGUUUUCACAUAGAAUUCAUGGUCGCUUGUAUGCAGUUCGUAAAUAUCGUCGUCCAUUCAGUGGAGGAUAUGAAUUUCAGGGUUCACCUGCAAUACGAAUUUACUAAGCUUGGUUUAGACGAGUACCUCGAGAAACUCAGACAUACCGAGAGCGAGGAUUUGCAGGUUCAAAUCUCUGCGUAUCUGGAUAACGUGUUCGACGUAGCUGCCUUGAUGGAAGACAGCGAAACUAAGACUGCUGCGUUAGAAAAAGUAGCUGAACUGGAAGAUGAACUUGGUCACGCGCACGACAGGAUGGCGGAAUUGGAGAGAGAAUCGCUGGCAAAGUUGGCGGAACUAGAGACUGAAUUAGGCGCGUUAAAAGUGGAAUACGCCGAUGCGGUUGAGGCUCGCCGACUGGCCGAGGAGGAGCUCACCGCGUUGAAGAGGCAAAAGCAGGAUUCAGCACGAAGGCAAAGCGUUUUAGAGAACAAAAUAAUAGAACUGGAGACGCUAACUGGCACUCUCACGAAAGGCUCUUCAGGCAAUCUUCGAAACGGAUGUGCAACGAGUCCUGUCAGUACGUCGGAUAACGUCACGUCUUCUACGCUUAAUUCGACCCCGUCUCCGACGUUGGAAGAACCUCCUCCCUCUGCCCCAGCGCCACCUCCACCACCUCCACCACCGUGUCCACCACCGCCUCCAAUGGCACCUCUUUCCCCUGGCGAUCAAAAGUUACCACCGCCUGCACCUAUACCUCCGCCGCCUGCUGGCAUGAUGCAAGCACCGGACGGUGCGAUGACUAUUAAACGGAAAGUUCAAACGAAAUAUAAACUGCCAACGCUGAACUGGAUCGCUCUGAAGCCGAAUCAAGUACGGGGUACUAUUUUCAACGAGCUGGACGACGACCGGUUGCACAAUUACAUAGACUUCUCUGAUUUCGAGGAACGAUUUAAAAUCGGUAUGGGAAGUCACGUUGCCAAUGGUAAUAACGAAAUCGACGGCCUUCAAAGCUUCCCUAGCAAACGGUUCAAGAAACCAGAGAACGUGUCGCUUUUAGAACACACCAGGCUGCGAAAUAUCGCCAUAUCGCGAAGGAAAAUGGAAAUGCCGGUGGAGAAAGUAAUUAUGGCUGUAAAUGCUCUCGAUUUGAAAGUACUGUCGCUGGAAAAUGUAGAACUGUUACAACGUAUGGUACCUACGGAUCAAGAAAUAAAAGCAUACAGGGAGUACAUCAUAGAAAAGAAAAACGUUAAUCUGUUAACGGAGGAAGACAAGUUUUUAAUGCAGCUUGGCAAAGUGGAGAGGAUAUCGACGAAACUGUCCAUUAUGAAUUACAUUGGGAACUUUUUUGACAAUUUACAUCUUAUUACUCCGCAAAUACAUGCUGUGAUAUCCGCUUCGAGUUCGGUCAAGAGUUCAAAGAAACUAAGAGCAGUAUUAGAGAUCAUUCUUGCCUUUGGGAAUUACUUGAACAGUAGUAAACGAGGCCCGGCAUACGGGUUCAAACUUCAAAGUUUAGACACAUUACUCGAUACGAAGUCAACGGACAAGAGAAUGUGCCUUUUACAUUAUAUUGUAGCAACGAUACGAGUCAAGUUUCCGGAAUUGAUUAAUUUCGAAUCAGAGCUCAUGUACAUCGACAAAGCUGCGACCGUCUCGUUGGAGAACAUAACUACCGACGUUCACGAAUUGGAAAAGGGAAUGGACCUCGUGAGAAAAGAAUUUGAGCUGCGCGGCAAAGAGAAACACAACACCGUGCUGCGAGAUUUCUUGAAUAAUUCGGAAGAAAAGUUGCGUCGUUUGAAAUCCGACGCUCGGACUGCUGGGGAAGCAUUCCGAGAAUGCGUUGAAUUUUUCGGUGAAAGUCCCCGACAAGCUGAUGCUAAUACGUUCUUCUCUCUUCUCGUCAGAUUCGCAAGGGCAUUUAAGGCUGCGGAUCAAGAAAAUGAACAGCGUCGCAGACUAGAAGCUGCUGCUGCAGAAGCUUUGAACGCCUCAGAAGACGUUAUUAAACGUAAUAAAUUAAAUCAAAAGAAGCAACAGGACGCUGUGAUAAAUGAACUGAAAAAUAAGACAAGACUAGUUCAGGAGAAGAAAUUGUUGCAGCAGGAUGAAGUGUACAAUGGUGCUCUGGAAGACAUUCUUCUUGGGCUUAGAUCAGAACCGUAUCGACGAGCAGAUGCUGUCAGGCGUAGCCAACGCAGACGUAUCGAUAAUCACAGACUUUCUCGCACUGCCGAAGAACUAGAACUUUAA